AUGCCAGAGAAAAACGGGAUCAUUCAAAGGUUGGACAACGAUGUCGCUGUGGUUCUUCAAUCACAAGUUUUGAUCAGUUCACUACCAGAUGCUUUAAGAGAGGUUAUUCAAAACAGUCUAGAUGCCAACGCACAAAAUAUUGAAGUUGAAAUAAACUUUGAAGAGUUAUCAUUCACUGUCUAUGAUGAUGGAUGUGGCAUUGAUCCAAGCAAUCUAUCACUUAUAGGGAAUCCACAUUACACAUCUAAAUUGAAGUCAUUAAAUGAUCUAAGGUCAAUAACAACAUUUGGUUUUAGAGGACAGGCGCUUCAUUCAUUAAGUUCGAUUUCAACAUUAACUAUAAUCUCGAAGGUGACAUCUUAUAAUUCAAGCUUUAGUACGGUAAUUGGUAAUUCGAAAAGACUUUUCGAACCAAAAAUGUUGAGUGAAGAUUCAGUUUUUUAUCCAGUUCAGCCCAAUCACCAUGGCACCAUUGUAUCGGUUAAAGAUUUAUUUAAGAACAUACCAGUGAGACAUGGCCAAGCAACAAAGGUACCUGAUCAUAAGAUUCUGGAAGAUAUAAGGGAAAUCAUACUUCAUUGCGCUAUUACUUUUCCAAAGGUUCAUUUCAAAAUAUGGAAGAAAAUAUCAAUAUUAACUCGAUCACUUAUAUGUGAUCUUAAAUGCUCUGAUGAAAAGACUCAAAGUGGUCAAAUCACCUGUGCUAUGGAUAAUAUAUAUGGGCUUUCUUUGAGAGACAGAUGUCAAAAUCUUUCAGUUGAAUUUCAAGAUUAUAAAGUUUCCUGUUCUAUUGGUAAACUUCCAGUUCAAUCUAAAAAUUAUCAAUUCAUAUUUUGGAACAAUAGGUUAUUAAAACAAAAGGAUUUGAACAAAGAAAUUAACAAAAAUUUUCAAAACUCAGGAUUUGGGUCUCAAGAUGAUGUUCUGGUCUCGUCAAUUUCCAGGCAUGAAACAUCACCAAAGAAAGGAAGAUCACCAACAAAGGCUGCAUCAAGUGUUGGAAGUCCAUAUUCCAAGUAUCCAGUUUUUGUGAUAAUCAUAAAGGGGAAACUAUCAACAUCUGAUCUUAUACAGGAUCCUUCAAAGAGCCUUAAUUGUACCAAACAUAUAAAUGUUGUGACGCCAUUAAUACUUAAAUUGAUUAAAAGCUUUUUGAAAAUGAAUGGAUAUUCUACGGGAAACGGUUCAUUUCUUGGUAGGACAAAGAAGCAACAAAUUGGCAAACAUCUCACAUUAACUGACGAUCAUGAUGAUGUAGAUGGGUACUCACCAACACAAAUGAACUUUUUAUUGAAAUCCAGACUUGGGAUAAAAAAUGCUUCAAAUAGGCAAGUUUCAGGAAUGUUCUCUUGUGGACCAAAAGAUGAUUUAAAACGGCCAAACCAUAAACAGGUUGAUCUCAAAAUACGAAAGCUUUCAUAUAGGGAUUCCUCUAAAGAUGAAAAUCAACACCUACCCAAGCCUAAGAAACGACUACUUGAUCAACACAAUGGAGAUUGCUCACAUUCUCAUCGUUUUGUGGAGGCAGAAGAAGUAAAGAUACUUAAAGAUUGGCUUCAUAAUAUUUCGGUUAUAGGACAAGUUGAUGAUAAAUUCAUUCUUGUUAAAUUAUCUCAACCUUCUAGUAAAUUAUUCAUUAUAGACCAACAUGCAUGUGAUGAAAGGAUAAAGGUUGAAGCGCUUACUGCAGAGUUUAUUAAAUCAGUCUGUGAUCCAUUUUUUGACUUGGGUAUCUCAGUCGAGGAUCGAAAUAUACAUUUGAAAUUUGAUAACUCAGACAUAGAUCUAUUGAGGCAAUAUCAGAAACAAUGUGAAGUUUGGGGGAUCAGAUAUUUUAUUUUAUCCAAUAAUAUCGUUCAUAUAACGCAUUUGCCUGAUCUUCUAGUGAGUAAAAUUGAUGAGGAUAAAUUAUUUUUGAAAAAGUGUUUGAGCCAAUAUAUCAAUGAUUUGAGUUCUCAUAAAAAAUUGAAAUCACUUUCAAAAGAUUGGUGGUCUAAUUUACAAGCUAUUCCAAGUAUCAUUAUGGAUUUAAUUAACAGUAAAGCUUGCAGAUCUGCUGUAAUGUUUGGUAAAUCAUUAUCUAAACCAGAGUGUGAACAAUUAAUAAAGGAAUUAGUCAAGUGCAAACAGCCAUUCCAAUGUGCUCAUGGAAGACCAUCUAUAGUGCCACUUUGUGAUCUCAGAUUACUACAAGAUAUCAAUGAAUAA